AUGAAGUGUCUCCUGUGCCUAUGUUUGCUCCUUGCUGUUUUUUGUGCUGUAACUCAUUGCUGUCCUGAAGACAUUUGCCAUGAAGUCAACAAUACUAACCUGCAGGAUGGAAGAGAAAAUUUAUUAACAUAUAGUUGUGACAAGAAAGGAUCUAACUAUGCAGAUUUUGUAUUUAGAUUUUACAAGCAGGCUUCAUCAAAAGAAGCUGAUAAAAAUGUUUUCUUUUCUCCCAUGAGCAUCUCCACUGCCUUUGCUAUGUUGGCUGUUGGUGCUAAAUCAACCACUCUGUCUCAGAUUUUUGAAGGACUGGGCUUUGGCAACCUGAAUGAGACUCGCAUACAUGAUGUACAUGAAAGUUUUCACAAAAUUUUGUCAGUACUGAACUGUGCAGAUGUUAAUAUCACAUUAAAUAUAGGGAAUGCCCUUUUUACUGCUACGGGGUAUGAACCACAGGAGUCAUUUUUAAAAAAUACCAAAGAAUAUUAUGAUGCAGAUUUUUUCUCCAGUGAAUUUCAUAAACCAGAAGAAGCUACAAAGCAAAUCAAUAAAUAUGUAGAGGAGAAAACCAAGGGGAAGAUUCCUGAAUUAAUUGGACAUCUUGAUCCGACUACCGUACUGGUUCUUGUAAACUAUAUUUACUUUAAAGCUGCCUGGGAAAAGUCUUUUGAUCCUUUGCAUACAUAUGAGGAUGAUUUUUUUGUGAACACAAAUGCAUCUGUUAGAGUCAACAUGAUGCAGCGUGAUGGUAUCUCAAACAUUUACUAUGACCAGGAUCUCUCCUGUCUGGUGGUAGAGCUGCCUUACCAGGGCACUGCACGAGCAUUGCUUAUUCUGCCUGAUGAUGGGAAGAUGAAGCAAGUGGAAGAUGCUCUCUCCAAGGAAACUGUUUGUAAAUGGGAUAGCAGACUUGUGACCAGGAGAUUAAAUCUGCAGUUACCAAAGUUUUCUGUUAGUGGGUCUUAUGAUGUUAAAACCCUGCUUGAGCAAAUGGGCAUUACUGAAGUGUUCUCAGGUAAUGCUGAUCUGUCUGGAAUUAGUGGCAAUCACCAUCUCCAGGUUUCACAAGCAAUUCACAAGGCCUUGCUGGAAGUUGAUGAGGCUGGAACUGAAGCUGCAGGAUCCACUGCCAUAAUUUUCAACAGAGUUUCCUAUGCUCCUCGUACCAUCAAAUUCAACAGGCCCUUCCUUAUUUUGAUAUCUGACAAGCAAACUGGCACCACACUUUUCAUGGGGAAAAUUGUUGAUCCUACUCAGGAGUAA